AUGCCUAUGGGUGACAACGAUGUAGUUCAAGCCGUGGGCUUGGACCCGGCUCUUCUCGACGCCUCUGGUGAUCCACAGCGCAAGGAUCCCAAGCUUCACACUGACGCACCCCCUCCGUUCCUGUUUUCCGAGGGCAAGGCCACUCUCCAGGAGAGCUAUCUGAGUGAAAACGAUGAUAUUCCCACCGAGGAGGAGCUUGAGACGCUUCCUCGCGUCGGUGCCGCCAUCCCCUGGAAGAUCUACACCAUCGCCUUUGUCGAACUCGUCGAGCGCAUGUCCUACUAUGGAUGUGUUCAGGUCUACUCCAACUUCAUCGCCAAGCCUAGGCUGACUCCAACUGGAAUGGCGGUGGACCCUCACAAUGCUGAUGCUCAACCUGGUGCGCUUGGCAUGGGUAAGCAGAUUGCUUUCUCCCUGACCACAUUCAAUGCUUUCUGGGUCUACUGCUGUCCCCUUCUUGGAGCUUGGAUCGCCGACACAUACCUUGGGCGCUACAAGACUAUCCUUUACUCGGUCAUCGUCGCUGAAAUCGGACACAUUAUUCUCGUCGUCUCUGCAAUCCCUGCGGUUCUCGACAACGAAAAGGGUGCGCUUGCUUGCUUCAUCAUCGGGUUGCUCGUAAUGGGACUCGGAACGGGCACAUUCAAACCUAACAUCUCGCCCCUCAUCGUGGAACAGCUCGAGACGGACAGACUGCAGGUUGUCGAGAGAAAAGGCGAGCGCGUCAUCAUCGACCCCGCCAUUACUGUCACCCGUGUCUACAAUUAUUUCUACCUGUUCAUCAACAUCGGUGCCCUGGCUGGUCAGCUCGGCAUGGUGUACGCCGAACGCUACGUCGGAUUCUACCUAUCGUACCUGAUCCCCACUGUCUUCUUCCUGCUUGCCCUGCCAGUCCUGAUUGUCUGCAAGAAGCACUACGUCUUGCGCCCCCCGAGUGGCAGCGUUAUGGGCCCUGCCUUCAAGCUCCUGGCCAAGGCUAUCGGCACGAGGAACUUCAAGAACUGGAACGAUGGCAAGAUGUGGGAAUCUAUCAGGCCUUCUGCUCUCGGUGCCAACAAGCCAUCGUGGUACAACUUCGACGAUGCAUGGGUCGACGAAGUUGCCCGUGGUUUCCGUGCUUGCGGUGUCUUCUUCUGGGUUCCCAUCUUCUGGCUCGCUUACAGGCAGAUGGACUCCAACUUGACCCAGAUGUGUUCCACCAUGUCUCUGCACGGCAUUCCUAACGAUCUCCUGUCGAAUUUCGAUCCGAUCGCUAUUAUCAUCAUUGUGCCAAUCAUGGACACUGUUGUCUACCCGUUCCUUCGCAAGAGGGGCAUCAGGUUCACACCUCUCAAGAAGAUUUGCGCUGGUUUCAUCAUCGCCUCGUUCUCCAUGGUGUGGGCCUCCGUUCUCCAGUACUACGUCUACAAGACAUCCGGAUACUACGAUGACCCAAGCCAAGAGAACUACAAAUCGCCCAUCAACGUAUGGGCUGUCAUUGGCGUCUACAUCCUCAUCGCUAUUUCUGAGAUCUUCGCCUCUGUAACAACACUCGAGUACGCUUUCACCAAGGCACCCAAGAACAUGAGGUCUCUUGUCAUGGCCGUCCAGCUCUUCACCACUGCCUUUUCCGCCGCCCUGGCUCAGGCUUUCACCCCGUUGACGCUCGAUCCUCUCGUCGUAUGGAACUACGGUGCUGUGGCCAUCAUCUCUUUCGUCACUGGUGUUCUUUUCUGGAUCGCGUACCGCAAGAUGGACAAGGAAGAAGACCAACUCAACAUGCUGCCCACCGGACAUCUUGGAACCGCGGCUCAGGCACAAGACAUCGAGAGACGUUUGAGCGUCGCGCCCGUUGAGGAUGAGAAAAAGGCUCAAAGCUACUAA